AUGCCGAAGAGUACUGGAACCCUCCACUCGAGAUUCGCAGACAGCGCUGACAUCGUCGCAGGAAAGGCCGUUGCCGAGUGCAUCUCGGACGAAGCCUUGACCCACCUCAAAUCGUACAAGUACUCGGCCGUCGACAAAUCGCCCGUCUCCAAGUAUAUACUCGGUCCUUGGUGGAAUGCAUUCGUCAACGUGCUGCCCAUGUGGCUGGCCCCGAACAUGGUCACGCUCCUAGGAUUCUUCUUCAUUUUGGGGAACAUCGUGUUGAUGUCCAUCUACAUUCCAGACUUGAUAGGCCCGGGCCCUACUUGGGUAUACCUGAGCUUUUCCUUUGGUCUGUUUAUGUAUCAGACCAUGGACAAUGUCGAUGGGAAGCAGGCCAGGCGAACGGGGACAUCCUCCGGCCUAGGCGAGCUCUUUGAUCACGGGAUUGAUUCGCUCAACUGCACGCUUGCUUCGCUCCUGGAGACUGCCGCCAUGGGUCUUGGGUGCAGCAAAUUGGGCGUCUUCACCGCUCUGUGUCCCUGCCUUGCGAUGUUUUUCUCUACGUGGGAGACGUAUCACACCCAUACCCUAUAUCUAGGCUAUUUCAACGGGCCGACUGAGGGCCUACUCAUUGCUGCCGCUGUCAUGGCUGCUGGGGGUAUUUGGGGUCCAGAGGUCUUCCGCAUCCCUCUCAAGUACGCCAUCGGGGAGAACACACUCCUGGCGGAAUUCCUUGGGGAGACCAACACCUUGGAUAUAUGGGUGCUUGUCAUCGUUGUUCCCCUUUGCACGGGCCACAUUCCCGUCUGCGUCUACAAUGUCUGGAAGGCCAGGCAGGCUAAGGGUCUGCCUCUUACCCCAGUCUUCCUCGAGUGGACUCCUAUGGUGGUCUACACACUCGCCAUCGGAGCGUGGAUAUACAGCCCUUACAGCACGCUGAUGGACAACAAUCAUCUGACACUGUUGUGUCUGACCCUAUCAUUUGUUUUCGGAAGAAUGACGACAAAGAUGAUUCUGGCGCAUCUGACGAGACAGCCGUUUCCAUACUGGACGGUAAUGCUCAUCCCGCUCCUCGGUGGUGUGGUGAUCGGCAACCUUCCCCGAGUGGGCUUGCCACAAAUCUCGCCACAGUUGGAGCUGGCAUAUCUCUGGGGUUACUUUAUCUUUGCCGGCAUCGUAUACUUUAGAUGGGCGUUCCUUGUUGUGGGCAGCAUUUGCGAAUUCCUUGGGAUCAAUGCGCUUACCAUACCGAAAGCCAAGCAGGAGGAGACCAGGCGGAGGAUAGAGGAAGAGAAGGCUACUCAGGGAAGACAGGACUGA